CCUCACUCGUAGCUGCCUGUCCUGCUAGUAAAUGCUGCUGAAUGGUUUUCAGUGUGGUAGCUAUCUUACAGGAAGCUAUUCUGCAGCAAGUACAACCAGACCCUUUGUGAGGAAACGUCAAGGAGAAAAGAAAGUAGUUAGCAGUUUGUGGACGCUCUGCAAGGAAGAGCAUCAGCAUUGAUGGCAUACAGGCCCUGGCAAGGGGUGGAAACGCACUAAAAUUAUGUCCACUAAUACUGCUGUUGAGAGGAGCUGCACUAAACAGAAUCGCUUAAAAAGAGGUCUAGAAUGCACAGGGGAGUGUCCUGCGAAACGAAAAGCUAGCUGGGGUAUUCUCACCAGCCAAGGUUCUUGGGCAGAUCGCUCACCACUCCAUGAAGCAGCAAGUCAGGGACGCCUGCUUUCUCUAAAAACCUUAAUUGCCCAGGGAUACAAUGUAGAUGCUCUAACCAUUGAUCAAGUGACUCCACUGCAUGAAGCCUGCCUAGGCGAUCACGUAGGGUGUGCUAGAAUCCUUCUUGAAGCAGGAGCAAAUGUGAAUGCUACAACCAUUGAUGGAAUGACACCCUUAUUCAAUGCAUGCUCAAGAGGAAGUGCGCCUUGUGUAGAGCUUCUGUUGGAGUAUGGUGCCAAAGCUCAGUGGGAGACAUGUCUCCCUUCUCCAACCCAUGAAGCAGCCAGCACAGGUCACAGUGAUUGUCUAGAGCUGCUGAUCUCAUGGGGCAUAGAUGUUGACCAAGACAUUCCUCACCUGGGAACACCUCUAUAUGUAGCUUGCAUUUCACAGCAGAAACAAUGUGUUCGCAAGCUUCUGCAUUCAGGUGCAAAUGUACAAAAGGGAAAGUUUUUGGAAACCCCAUUACAUGGAGCUGCAAGGCAUUCUAGUGCAGAAAUAAUAAAUACGCUUCUCGAGUUUGGGGCAGACAUAAAUGCCAAAAAUACAGAGUUUGAACGACCUGUAGAUGUAGCUUCUCCACGCAGUGCGGUGGAAAAAGUAUUGCUUCUACAAGAAGCUACUCCGUAUUCUCUUUGCCAACUAUGCCGGCUACGUAUCCGAAAUUAUAUAGGAAGACCCAGAUUGCAUCUUGUACCACAACUCCAGUUGCCCACCAUGUUAAAAGACUUCUUACAAUACAGAUAAAGUAGUAACUAGCUUUUCAAAGCUUGAAGAACAAGCUAUCUUAAUGUGUGUUUCUCAUGAACAGUCAUUGAAAUGGGGGAGGAGGAGCUAAAGUAAUUUUAACAUGCUAAAACAUAUAUCUGAAAACUCAUCACAAUCCAAAAAUAUCUGGGAUUCCUUGAGCAACCCAAUGACAAGGUGCUAAUACAAUUAAAUAAAAUAGAAUUUGCUCGUAUUCUGGAAAUGUGCUAUAUACUUUAAUGUAGCUUUUAUUAACUACUGCACCUUUCCAUGGGAUCCUAUUUUGCACAGCAAAUGUGCAGUUGUAGUUAAAUCCUUGCAGGGAUUUCAGUGUCUUUUCUCCAGCUAUUUUGCCAGUUAUAGCAGAAGGGCAGUUUCCCAUCACUGCAACACCUACUGUUGCUAAGGGUUGGGUUGGGGUGGGGGCAUGCAGGGGGAAAGACUGGAAUUUCCCACUUACUAGUGCUUCCAGUUCUUCCCCAGUAUAUCACCUCUAGGAACAAGCGCAGCUGGGGAAAAAUCAGCUCUCUUGCAUUUUCCAUCCAAGAAUCUCCAUUUAAAUUCUGUUGCUAUCACUGGCUCUGCUCCCCUAUUUGUUCACUGGAGAAAGAUGAUGCAGCUGAAGAAAUGAAGGAGCUGCAGUUACAAGGAGCAACAGCUUUUGAAUGGAAGCAAGGCCUGUUCAUGGCUGGGAUGGUAUAAUGCUAGAUGUCUAGCCCAAGUCGCUCACAGACUGUUGUGCAAGUGACAGGACACCAGGAGUGUGGAUGGGGACAUUUUGAAAGUUUGCUCUUGCACAUUCUGCACAAAACCUUUUGUUCAUAAACACAGUUUAAUUGUUUGCCUUUCUUAUAUUCUGGUUCAAAAUGUCUGUUAUGUAUGUAUUUAGAAAGAUGGGAUGUUAUGUGCACUCUAUAAAUAUAUAAACCUUUUGAAAGUCAAAAUAA